AUGAAUUCGCUAUGUGGCCAUCUGCCACAAGAUAUUGGGAAUUUGAAGGUGGUAACACAUAUAGACUUGUCGUGGAACCAAUUUUCAGGUGAGAUCCCGGCUGCGAUUGGAGGACUGCAAAGUUUGAAAACCCUCUCCUUAGCGCAUAACAAUUUCCAGGGUCCUCUGCCUCAGUCAUUUGAUGGGUCAGUAAGUGCAGAAUUUUUGGAUUUCUCUGAUAACAACUUGUCAGGAAUCAUUCAUGGGAAUGAAGCAUUAUGUGGUCCACCCCGAUUGAAAGUUCUACCCUGCAAAACUAGUACUAUUGGACGAUCAAAGACAGCAGCUGCGGGUGUUCUAGUAUAUGUUCUACCACUACUGAUAGCAACAAUCCUUGUACCGGUCCUUGUACUUGUUUUCAUAAGACGCAGAAGGAAGAAUGCAAAACUACCCAGUCAGGGAGACUUGUUAACUGUAGCAACGUGGAGAAGAAUUUCUUACCUAGAACUCGAACGAGCAACUGAUGGAUUUAGCGAAAGUAACUUGGUUGGGAAAGGGAGUUUUGGCUCGGUGUACAAAGGGAUACUUUCAGACGGGAUUAGUGUUGCAGUGAAGGUUUUUAACUUGAAUCUACAAGGAGCAUUAAGAAGUUUUGAGGCUGAAUGUGAAGUAUUGUGCAGAAUUCGUCAUAGGAAUCUUGUCAAAAUCAUCAGUAGCUGCAGUAACAUUGAAUUUAAAGCCUUGGUACUGGAGUACAUGCCCAAUGGGAGCCUCAUGCAGUGGCUGUAUUCUCAUGACUUCUUUUUGGAUAUCCUACAGAGAUUGAACAUGAUGAUAGAUGUUGCAUCAUCAUUGGAAUAUCUCCAUCAUGGUUAUUCUGUUCCUGUCGUUCAUUGUGAUUUGAAGCCCAGCAACAUUCUCCUAAAUGAAGAUAUGAUUGCACAUGUUGGGGACUUUGGCAUUUCCAGAUUCUUGGGUGACGGAGAUUCCAUGACCCAAACCAUGACACUUGCCACUGUUGGUUAUAUGGCACCAGAGUAUGGAUCACAAGGGAUCAUUUCCACGAGUGGAGAUGUAUACAGUUAUGGCAUUUCGCUGAUAGAAACCUUCACAAGAAAGAAGCCCACAGACGAAAUGUUUGCCGGAGAAAUGAACCUAAAACGCUGGGUAAAAGAGUCACUGCCCCACGCAGUAAUCAAAGUUGCUGAUGCAAAUUUGCUAGAGAGAGAUGACGAGCAUUUUGCUGCUAAGCAGGAGUGUAUAUUGUCCAUGAUGAAACUUGCCAUGGAUUGUUCAGAAGAAGCACCUGAAGAGAGGGUAAACAUGAGAGAAGUCAUAACAACACUCGAAAAGAUCAAAAUGAAUUUCCUGAAGGAUGUUGGAGGCCAGAGCUUGAAAACAUGAAAUUUAUCUAUAGGUUCUUCCUUGUUUGUGCAUUUCCUAGUUAGUAAUUAAUUAGGAUACUCCAUUGACAGAUCAGUAGGGAAGAGGUCAAAGCAUGGAGGGAAUGGGUCAUUUGCAAAUAUUCAUUAAGAUAAAAUUAUCAAUGCAAUGAGUUGUCACAAAACCAAUGAAGUAAUGUUGCUGAACGGUUGUACGACUGAUUAUUAAUUAAG